GUUUUCCGGGUUUCCUCUCCAGAAGUUCCUGUUCUUAGAUGGUAAGAGAGAGCUUGAGAUAAGAGAGUGAACAUGGCAGUGUGGAUCCAGGCCCAGCAGCUGCAGGGAGAUGCUCUACACCAGAUGCAGUCUCUCUACGGGCAACACUUCCCCAUAGAGGUGCGACACUACCUGUCCCAGUGGAUAGAGGGACAACUCUGGGACGCGAUAGAUUUAGAGAACCCUCAGGAGGAGCUGAAAGCCAAGCGUUUAUUGGACAGCCUGAUCCAGGAACUACAGAAGAAAGCAGAGCAUCAAGUGGGAGAGGACGGCUUCUUACUCAAGAUCAAAUUAGGACAUUAUGCUUCACAGCUAAAGAGCACGUAUGACCGCUGUCCCCUGGAGCUGGUGAGAUGCAUCAAACACAUCCUGUAUACAGAGCAAAGACUCGUCAGAGAGGCGACUAAUUCGAGCUCACCGGUGGGCAGCCUGAUGGACAGCAUGUCGCAGAAGUACCAUCAGAUAAACCAGGCAUUCGAGGAGCUUAGAGUAUUGACUCAGGACACAGAGAAUGACCUCAGAAAACUACAGCACAACCAGGAGUACUUCAUUAUACAGUACCAGGAGAGCCUCAGAAUACAGGCUCAGUUAUCAAGUCUGGCCACGCUGCCUCCAGCAGACCGACAGCUACGAGAGCCCAGCCUGCUCAGCAAGAGAGCCACAGUAGAGGCCUGGCUGACCCGAGAGGCCAACACCCUGCAGAAAUACAGACUGGGCUUGGCAGAGAAACACCAGAAGACACUGGCAUUGCUACGGAAACAGCAGACGGUGAUUCUUGACGACGAGCUGAUUCAGUGGAAGAGACGUCAACAACUGGCUGGCAACGGCGGGCCGCCCGAGGGAGGACUGGACAUACUACAGUCAUGGUGUGAGAAGCUAGCGGAAACCAUUUGGCAGAAUCGUCAGCAGAUCCGGAGGGCGGAGCAUCUGAGACAGCAGCUGCCCAUUCCCGGCCCCAUCGAAGAGCUGCUGACCGAACUCAACAGCACCAUCACGGACAUCAUCUCGACUUUAGUCACCAGUACCUUCAUCAUCGAAAAGCAGCCUCCUCAGGUGCUGAAAACACAAACAAAAUUUGCGGCGACAGUGCGUUUGCUGGUAGGUGGCAAACUGAACGUACACAUGAACCCACCGCAGGUCAAAGCCACCAUCAUCAGCGAGCAACAGGCCAAGGCCCUGCUCAAGAACGAAAACACCAGAAAGUGA